AUGAAGGUGUGUGUAUCACUGUUCUUGCUGUUCUUCAGCGCUAUAAAUGCAUCCGCGCAGACAUCGUCGCUACCUACUUCACCACUCUCUAAUGAGGAGGUAGGGAUUCAUCGUUUUGGUUCCCUAGACGAUGUUGAAUACACGCCAUCCGUGGAGAAACACUGUACAAGCAAUGAUGACGAAGACAGCAGGGUUGACAUUACGGGCUCUCCGAUCGAAGAGGUUGAGGAAGUAGUCCCUGAAAUCAUCGAGGAGACCCCUGCUGCUGAGGAGGAAGUCGAGAUCGAGGAACAGGUACCUGAGGUUGAAGAAGUUAUUCCUGAGAUCAUCGAGGAGACCCCUGCUGCUGAGGAGGAAGUAGAGAUCGAGGAACAGGUACCUGAGGUUGAAGAAGUUAUUCCUGAGAUCAUCGAGGAGACCCCUGCUGCUGAGGAGGAAGUAGAGAUCGAGGAACAGGUACCUGAGGUUGAAGAAGUUAUUCCUGAGAUCAUCGAGGAGACCCCUGCUGCUGAGGAGGAAGUAGAGAUCGAGGAACAGGUACCUGAGGUUGAAGAAGUUGUUCCUGAGAUCAUCGAGGAGACCCCUGCUGCUGAGGAGGAAGUAGAGAUCGAGGAACAGGUACCUGAGGUUGAGGAGGCCGAGGAAACUGUCGAGGAAGAAGUCCCUGAGAUUGAAGAGACUGAAGAAGUGGCGGAGGGCGAUGAAUCCAUUGAUGAUUCGAUGCCUCCAAUCUUCAAUUACCAAUUCACUCCCAUUGUAAAGUUCGGUGAUGAACAAAAUAGUUAUGGGUUAAGGGAUAGAGUCAGGAUUCGCGUACACAUCCCGCCUCGUGGUGGCAGGCGGUCUCUGAGGGGGAAAUCAACCCCAAAUGGGGAUGUACUGUUAUAUGCACCUUACGGAACUCCUUCAUCUUUUGAAGAGAUGGAGGGCGGUUUCGGUUGCUCCUUCCAAGGAGAUAUGGUCGACACAGAAGUUGGAGAUGCCGAGGUGGUUGAAGUAUUUAAUGCUCAGCAGGUAUCCAACGUAUUCGGAGCGUCACCGUCUGUUGAAGGCCGCAGCACAAUGAACGCUUGCGACAAGAAGCCAGUGGGUGGUGCCCGUCGAUUCUUCGGCAAUCUGUUCUUCUACGGCCCUGGUAAUGAUGCCUACACUGAGGGCAGACCUGUAGCAUUUGGUCUCGAAUGA